GGCGGGAACGCGCACUGAGCCACACGAAGCGCUUCCCGGGGAGAGAGAGCGGGCUGAGAUAAGAGAGAAACGAGAGGCACAGAAGGGAACACGGAAACACAGUAGGAGCGGUUACCGAGCAAGGUGUAUUGGUAACUACGAAAGAUACGGACUCCGUAGACCCGUUUUACAAACCCAAAUAUUGGGUGCACACAUUUUUUUUAUCUUAUAGUGGUCGGACUGGACGUGUUUAUUGUGGACAAAAGGAUUUUUUCUUGUAGAAUACCAUUCAGGAUUGAGAAUGUCGGGGACCAGGGAGGAAGAACGGCGGAAACUAGCCGACAUCAUUAACCACUGGAACGCCAACCGGCUCGACCUGUUCGAGAUCAGCCAGCCCACCGAGGACCUGGAGUUCCACGGCGUCAUGCGCUUCUACUUCCAGGACCGCAUGGCGGGGAACUUCGCCACCAAGUGCAUCCGCGUGUCCAGCACGGCCACCACGCAGGACGUCAUCGAGACGCUCGCCGAGAAGUUCCGGCCCGACAUGAGGAUGCUGUCCUCCCCCAAGUACUCGCUGUACGAGGUGCACGUCAGCGGGGAAGAACGCAAGCUGGACCUGGACGAGAAGCCGCUGGUGGUGCAGCUGAACUGGAACAAGGACGACCGCGAGGGCCGCUUCGUCCUGAAGAACGAGAACGACAUCGUCCCCAAGAAGGUACAGAGCAACGGGCCAGAGAAACAGGAGAAGGAGGGCGUGAUCCAGAACUUCAAGAGAACCCUCUCCAAGAAAGAGAAGAAGAAGGAGAAGAAGAGGGAGAAGGAGGCCUUCGCCAGGAUACCGGAUGGCGACGAGCUGUCGCUGAGCAGAGAGGACGGGGAGAACUCGCGGCUGGCGGCGGAGGUGUACAAGGACAUGCCGGAGACCAGCUUCACGCGCACCAUCUCCAACCCGGAGGUGGUGAUGAAGAGGAGGCGGCAGCAGAAGCUGGAGAAGAGGAUGCAGGAGUUCCGCAGCAGCGAUGGGCGGCCCGACUCGGGAGGGACACUGCGGAUUUAUGCAGACAGUCUCAAGCCCAACAUCCCCUACAAAACCAUCCUGCUCUCCACCACCGACAUGGCCGACUUUGCUGUGGAAGAGGCCUUGGAGAAGUACGGGCUGGAGAAGGAGAACCCCCGAGACUACUGCAUAGCCAGAGUGGUGUUGCCGCCAGGCUCCCAGCAGUCGGAUGACAAGGCGGGGAAGGAGACCAUCCUGGACGACACAGAGUGCCCCCUGCAGAUCUUCAGAGACUGGCCCAGCGAUAAAGGAGGCCUCGUGUUUCAGCUGAAGAAGCGGCCCCCAGACUACGUCCCAAAGAAAGGCCGCAAGCCCGAGGACAGGGCCUCCAGGGGGAAGUCCCUGGACGGCGUCCUGCCCCCGGAGAAAAUGCCCUACCUGGUGGAGCUCAGCCCAGGGAGGGGGAAUCACUAUGCCUACUACGCCUAUCGGCCCCACGAAGACGGUUCGGACUCCAGGGACAAGCCAAAGCUGUACCGGCUCCAGCAGAGCAUCACAGAGGUGGGCUCUGACGCAAUGGACGAAGGCUCCAUCCAGCUCUUCGGCCCCGGCAUCCUGCCCCACCACUGCGACCUGAUGCAGUCGGACGGGCUGGUGACGGUGGCGCCGGCCAGCUACACCGCCGAGACCUUCGUGGACGGGCAGCGCGUCUCGGACCCGGCCGUCCUGCGCAGCGGCGCCACGCUCCAGUUCGGCGCCGCCCACGUCUUCAAGUUCGUCGACCCCAGCCAAGACCACGGCAUGGCCAAGAGGGGCGUGGACGGGGGCCCCAUGGUGAAGGGCAGAAACAAAUCAGGGAACAUUCCUGAGACGACCUUUGACCUUCACGGUGACAUCCACAGUGGGACUGCUCUCCCCACAAGCAAGAGCUCAGGGAAGCUGGACAUGGAGCGCGCGGGCAACCCCAGCGAGAGAGGCCUGGUCAAGCCCAUGGUCCGAGCGGAGCAGGAGGGAAGGUCCCAGGACAGCCUGAGCCCCGAACUGACGCUGCCGGCCAGCAUCGAGUUCAGGGAGAACUCCGAAGAUGCCUUCCUGUCCGCCAUCAUCAACUACACCAACAGCUCCACGGUGCACUUUAAGCUGUCCCCCACCUACGUCCUGUACAUGACCUGCCGCUACGUCCUGUCCAGCCACUACCGGCCCGACCUCAGCCCGUCGGAGCGCACGCACAAGGUCAUCGCCAUCGUCAACAAGAUGGUGAGCAUGAUGGAAGGAGUCAUCCAGGAGACUGCGGAAGGUGACCAGAAGCAGAAGAACAUCGCUGGGGCCCUGGCCUUCUGGAUGGCCAACGCCUCCGAGCUGCUCAACUUCAUCAAGCAGGACCGGGACCUGAGCCGCAUCACGCUGGACGCCCAGGACGUGCAGGCUCACCUGGUGCAGCUGGCCUUCAAGUACCUGGUUCACUGCCUGCAGUCUGACCUGAAUAACUACAUGCCCGCCUUCCUGGAGGACCCGGACGAGCAGAACCCCCAGCGCCCCAAAAUAGACGACGUGCUGCACACGCUCACUGGCGCCAUGUCCCUGCUGCGCCGUUGCCGGGUCAACGCCGCCCUCACCAUCCAGCUGUUCUCGCAGCUCUUCCACUUCAUCAACAUGUGGCUGUUCAACAAGCUGGUGACGGAGGCGGACUCGGGCCUGUGCUCGCACUACUGGGGGGCCAUCCUGCGCCAGCAGCUCAGCCACAUCGAGGCCUGGGCCGAGAAGCAGGGCCUGGAGCUGGCCGCCGACUGCCACCUCAGCCGCAUCGUGCAGGCGACGACGCUGCUGACCAUGGACAAGUACUCGAUGCAGGACGUCCCGAACAUCAACAACACCUGCUUCAAGCUCAACUCCCUGCAGCUCCACGCACUGAUGGCCAACUACCACUGUGCCCCCGACGAGCCAUACAUUCCCCCCGAGCUGAUCGACCACGUGGUGGCGGUGGCGGAGAACACGGCGGACGAGCUGGCGCGCAGCGACGGGCGGGAGGUGCAGCUGGAGGAGGACCCCGACCUGCAGCUGCCCUUCCUGCUGCCCGAGGACGGCUACUCCUGCGACGUGGUGCGCAACAUCCCCAACGGCUUCCAGGAGUUCCUGGACCCGCUCUGCCAGAGAAACUUCUGCAGGCUGAUCCCGCACCCCCGCUCCCCCGGCACCUGGACCGUCUACUUCGAAGGGGCCGAGUGCGACAAUCACUUCUCAGCGGACAGCGCGGACCUGCCAAUGCGGAAGGAACCGGAAGUGGUGACCGUCACGCUGAAGAAGCACAAUGGCAUGGGCCUCAGCAUCGUGGCCGCCAAGGGUGCCGGGCAGGACAAGCUCGGGAUCUACAUCAAGUCGGUGGUGAAGGGAGGGGCGGCUGACAUGGAUGGAAGGCUUGCGGCUGGGGACCAGCUGCUCAGUGUGGACGGGCGCAGUCUAGUUGGACUCUCACAGGAGAGGGCUGCUGAGUUGAUGACCAGAACAGGCUCGGUUGUGACACUCGAGGUGGCCAAGCAAGGGGCCAUUUACCACGGCCUGGCCACACUUCUGAACCAGCCGUCUCCCAUGAUGCAGCGGGCGGCGGACCGCGGGCGGGACAAGGGAAAAUUAAGACCAAAGAGCGAGGGCUUCGAGCUCUACAACAACUCCGUGCAGAACGGCUCCCCGGAGAGCCCCCAGGGCACGUGGGACGCCUACCCCGAACCAAAGAAGAUGAGCGGGGAGGACCGGCUGCUCAAGAACAGGGCCGACCACCGCUCCAGCCCCAACGUGGCCAACCAGGCACAGAGUCCGGGAGGAAAGCCCGUUUACCAAGGAGGACCCGGGACCAAGAUCACCUCCGUCUCCACGGGCAACCUCUGCGCCGACGAGGAGCCGUCCCCGCCCCACCCGGAAGCGUACCCCAUCCCCACGCAGACCUACACCCGGGACUACUUCACCUUCCCCGCCUCCAAAUCUCAGGACAGGAUGGGCCCCGGGCCGGGCCCCGGCCAGCCCUGGCAAGACCCCGAGGACAGGCCCCUGGACGACCAUCCCCCCGGCAACAUGGCCCUGCAGGAUGAGCUGUUGGACGAGCGUGUGGGGUACGCCCCAGACAGGCUCCGGCCGGAGGACCUGGUGCUCCUGCAGCAGCGGGAGGCCGAGUAUCAGAGGGAGCGGGGCAGCGGGGAGCCCUGGAACCACCAGGUCUCCUCCUCCGUGGAGUCCAGCACCUCCAGCCAGGAGCACCUCAACUACUCCUCGUCCUCCUCCUCCAAGGGCAACCACAAGAGCGGGCCGGGUCGCUGGAAGACCCCACUGUCGCCGCACUCAGGUCCCGCCCCCGGCUCCGCCCCCCCGGCGGCCCGCACCGACCUGCCGCCCCCGCCCCCUCCCCCGCCCCCCGUGCACUACGCCGCCGAGUUUGAGGCCCAGCCGGAGCUGCCGCUCCCGCCGCCGCCCGCCGUCGCCCAGCAACACGCCGCGGCCGCCGCGGCUGCCACCGCCAAUGCCGCCGCGGCCGCCGACCGCAAGAAGCGCGAGGAGCAGCAGCGCUGGUACGAGAAGGAGAAGGCGCGGCUAGAGGAGGAGCGCGAGAGGAAGAGGCGGGAGCAGGAGAGGAAGAUGGGCCAGAUCCGCAACCCCGCCGGGCCCGCCCCGCUCAACAACCAGCACGGCCCCCCGCCGCCGCAGCAGCACCAGCAGAUGGGCCCCCCCCAGUCCCCCGCCCAGGUCCCCCAGACCUACCUCCCCUUGCAGCUGGCCUCCCAGGCCCAGCAGCAGCAGCCCCCCAGGCCCGAGAAGCUGGCCAGCCUCCCCCGCGGGGCCCCGCCCCCCCACGACACGGUGAUCCGCGAGCUCCUCCCCCAGCAGCAGCCGCGCACCAUCGAGCGCCGGGACCUCCAGUACAUCACCAUCAGCAAGGAGGAGCUGUCGUCGGGGGACAGCCUCUCGCCGGACCCCUGGAAGCGGGACGCCCGGGAGAAGCUGGAGAAGCAGCAGCAGCUGCACAUCGUGGACCUGCUGGACCGCGAGAUCCAGGAGCUGCAGGCCAAGCCCGAGCGCUCGGCCGAGGAGAACGACCGCCUGCGCAAGCUCAUGCUGGAGUGGCAGUUCCAGAAGAGGCUGCAGGAGUCCAAGCAGAGCGACGAGGACGAGGAGGAGGAGGACGACGAGGACGUGGACACCGUCAUGAUCAUGCAGCGGCUGGAGGCCGAGAAGAGAGCGCGGCUCCAGGACGAGGAGCGACGGCGCAAGCAGCAGCUGGAGGAGAUCCGCAAGCGGGAGGCGGAGGAGCGGGCCAAGCAGGAGGAGGAGCGCCGCCGCAGAGAGGAGGAGAGGGCCCGACGAGAGGCCGAGGAGAAGAGGAGACAGGAGGAGGAGUACUACACGCGCCUGGAGGCCGGGCGGCGCCGGCAGCACGAGGAGGCCGAGCGCCGGCUGCUGACGCCCGACGAGCCUGGUCUGUACAGACCGCCCCUCCCGCGGGACUACCAGCCGCCCCCUCCUCCUCCCGCACCCCCCGCCACUAACGCUCCUCCGCCCCCGCCUCAGAGAAACACCUCUUACCUCAAAACCCAGGUCGUCUCCCCCGACACCCUGUACACUGCCAAGUUUGUCUCGUACAAUGACGAGGAGGAGGAGGAGGAGGAGGAGGACGCAGGCCUAGCAGGUCAGGUUAAGCUCUCCGCCACCCGGAAGUCCUAUGGCGACCUCCCGCCCGCACACAAGCCUCUGCCUCCGCUGCCGUCCUCGCGCAAGCCCCGCCCGCUGUCCGAUGGGAUCUUUCUGUCCAGCUCAUUCCAGCUGCCCGCAGCCAAUGCCAACAGUACUGUGGGCAAGGCAGGGCCGCCCCCUCCCCCUCCCGCCAAACCCGCCUUCGGCCUGUCGGGCAACUCCAAAGGAUAUAAUACGUACACUGGAAACACAGCAGGAGUUGUAGGAUCGAACGAAGUUUACAAGGACCCGCGAGAGAAAUGGGCUAAGAGUGGUCAAGAGCUGGAUGCCUCUGUAACUGGAGGAGCCCCAGAGAGUCUCACCUUCAAGGAACGCCAGCGGCUCUUCUCCCAGGGGAAGGAAGUGUCCAAUAAGGUCAAGGCCUCACGAAAACUCAUGGAAAUUGAGAGCGAACUCAACACUAAAUAGCAGAGAGCCCGAGCACGUCGCAAUGCCAGGCCCCGGCCGAGCGAGGAAAAGCGGGAGCUAGUUCUCAGUUCCCACCCUUUCUUUCUUCUCAUUUUAUGUUUUAAUGAAUAACUGGACCUUUAGACGAUUUAGACGGUUUUCAAUAGGAGCAGGGGCGGAGCUAAGGGGGUAUAACGGAGAAAGCUUUCCCGGGAGGUAGCAGGUCCAGGGGGUCCCCCAGAGGCGGAUGAUUUAUUUUAUUUUUUUUAUAUAUAAAUAAAAAUUUAAAAAUACAUCUAAAUAUAUUGGGCAUUUCAUUUUUAACAAUGGCCUCUUAUACAGUUUGCUCCAUGGGGGCGUGGAUGCAUGGUGCGUUACCUUUUGCUAAAGAUGUCAAGCUCUCUCAACGUUUGUUAUUUUGAGUGGAGGAAUAACGUUAACUUUAGGACAGGCAGCCAGAGCCAGAAAAUUAGCAACGUGAAACGUCAAAAAGCAGGAUUUGAAAAAUGAAAAUACAAAAGAAGCGAGAACAGACCCUACAAACAACUUAUUGACAAACUUUAUUCUGAGGCAUGAAGAUGGAAGCCAGUUAAUUCUAACGUUAACGUCAGCGAAGAAGCGAGUGAGCAUGCCACUGCUGUCAUGGAAGAAAGGUGCAGAGGAGCGAGAUAAACCCCCACUAUCACUGCAGGGAAUACCAGGUCAGGUAAAUAGGUCUACCGACAGUGCACUAGAGCACUACGAUGACAGAAAAACAAUUACCGACAAAAGGCAAAAUAUUGUUAGAGCCCUAUUUAGCAAACACAUUUCCCUCUCAUUCAAAAAUAUGGCAGCAACCAAUUCACAAGGAAAGUCUUUCUAUAAUGUUUGUUAUAUUCACAAUUAAAAAGCGCCACACGAACGUUAAGAGAGAUGGUUAUUAGAGAGGGCAAAGGGUGCUUUUACUGUAUUCCGUGUUUGUUGUUUUCUGCCAAGCCAGAGAAGUCUGAAAGUGUAGAUGAGGUAAAUAGGUUACUUUAGGACCGUCUUUAGUGUCUUAAAGUAGCCCAUCUACCUUAAAAUGGCUGAAACUAUACGCCAGAUCAUGAACGAGGCAUUUCACACCAACGUCUCCCAUUUUAAGUGGAGAAAUCGCAGCGUUCAUUGUUACUGGGCGCAGGGAUUGACAGCGAUUCAGUGGACCGGUUGCUCGAAGUCCGUUCCUUUUCUAUGAGGCGAGUGACACGAGCAACUGGGCGACGAAACUUGCCUGCAGUUUAUCUUUUCGCGGCGUUGCUUGCCAACAGUUACUCAGUUUCCUUGUUUGCUAUUUUUCCAACCGAUAAAAUACCAUUUUGUGAAUAAUUGUUCUGUUCGGCUUUACCGAUUACAGUGGAGGAGCAGUAUAUCUGGACAGGCCACAUGGCAAAUACGUGGCUUGCUGUAAUUAGCCGAAAAUGAGCCUCCUUGAGCCCCAAAGCACAUGUUGAGUUUUACCACUAGAGAGAUGAGUUGCUAGCUAGGCUAUUCCUAGGAAUCCAUCUCGCAUUCAACAAAGAUCACAACAGCCAGCAACUUAAAGGGAUAUGCUAUAUGGAAAAUAUACAUCAUUGGCACACUACCUUAUGCCAUUAUUUCUCUACAUCAAACGUUUGCAGCUGCAGAGGACACAACAGGAAGCUCUUUCCUCAGCCUGGUACACUUAAGCGUCCACAGAACAGUUAUGAGUUGGUCGCUGUGUGAACGCGGGGUUAGCAUAUUAUAUGCUAGGCACUCUUCUUCAGUCAGCCAGGCUCUUGUGACGAGUUUGCACUUCUGAUAUUCAAAGAGUUGAGCGUAGAUGACGUCAGGGCAUCAAUACACCGUCAAUACAGCACUGACCUUUCAGAUAACUUGGAGAGACAAGUUUUGCAUCUCAGGACGAUAUACAGUGCCACCUUCCCACUAUCAUUAAACCCUCUUCAGCUACUCAAUGCUAUUUACUUGAUGCACUUGGAAAGCAUCUAUAGUGAAAUUUGUGUUGCUGUAUGCAUAUUUUCUACACUGCCAGUCACAGUUGCAGGGGGGGAACAAGCACCCAGUAAACUUUAAUUAAUAAUCUGAAAAAAAUCUGAGAUCUAAAAUGAGUUAAGUGAGACUGAAUGGCCUUGCAAUUCUUCCAGUCAAAUGUGAACAAGCUUGUAAUAUUGACUUCAACCCUUUGAGGUGUAAUAUCACAAAUACGAUUACAAUCUUCUUAACUGAACUGAAGAUUCUAAUGUUGAUGUCACAAUCACUUCUGGUAAUUGAAAGCAGCUGAGUUCUAGAAUACUGACUUAGAAUUUUGGAGAGAAAAAAAUAAUUCCAAAAAACCUACUCUAGAAAGGGUUAAAGACAUUAUUAAAGACUUUUCAGCGAGGCAGAUGAAUUGGAUGCUACUGUGAGAGGGAGGGUAGAGAAAGUAGUUGAGAAGACAACACUGAGGUAGGGGAUUGUGUUUAUCAUGGAGCUGACGUGUAGCAGGAUGGUGUAUGUGUGUGUGUGUGUGUGUGCGCGCGCGCGCGCGUGUGUAUGCAUGUGCACAAGGGGGUGGAGAGGGAGGGCUUUCUCAUAUACUUUUCCCUGCACAAAUAAUUUCCAUGUGCGUCCCUGAAUAGAACAGACGAUUCUUACUUUCCCACAAAACUAUCAAAGGUAUAUUACGAUAAAGCACUGUAAAAAUGUUUUUACUUAUACAAGGCAAAUUUGAAAUCACAUGAAGGGGGAUAUAUUUUUGUUUGUAAAAUGGUUAUUGGGUUAUGGUUGAAAGUUUUUUUUUAAUAGCUUACUGUAAUGUGGAACAUUUUGAUAUGUUAUGCUUUUGCUGCAUUACUCAUUUCCACAUAUUUCUUUUUUUUUUCUUUUUUUUGCUUUUCAAAAUGAAAGGCCGGUUUCAAGUCACCAACCUGUAAAAGAAAGAUGGGUUCCACUGUAUAUUCUGCUCUGCUCUUCACACUACUCACAAUUCCUAAGGGUGCUGGUUGCAUCAAGACUUCAGUCCUGACGAAUCCAAAAUCUCACCUCCACUCGUUUUUACGCUUACACUGUAAAUAUCUAACAUUUUCCAAGAAUACUCACCUGCCACGAGUUCUUGCAUAACAUCCCAACAGGGCAGUUAUGUGUAUUGAAAUUCUAGAUAUUUCUUUCACAUUAGGAGGUAGAGAACAGGCUUUUUGUCCUCUCAGUGAUUUUUAAAAAUGUUUUUGUUAAUCAACUAUUAGACAUUUUCUUGGUUAUGUGUAAGAGUUAAGCAGUUCCUGCUCUACAGCACACUGCAUUCAUGAGGAGAGUGGUAGGAGACUAAUCACAAUUACAUACAAAUGUGUAAAAAUGUCAUUGCACAGCUGAUAUUUAUUUGAACAUUAUUGUUUUGUUACACUGGUUUUGUUGCAUCCACUAAAAAAGUGUGACAUUGCAUUGGAAAUGCAUAUGAAUAUUGCAUUUAAUAGCGAACUGGUUGUUUUUAAAAAUAAUUUUAAAACAAGCCAUGAUUGUGACAAAAGCCUGUUCUUAUUCUAGAGAUCCUCGAUUACCUUGUUUGGCUGUCAGUUUCCCCACAAAGACACGAUGUACACCACUGUAGUUUUUUAGUCUUUAAUUUUUCCUUUCAAAAAAAGGGGCUUUAAAACUCAAUAUUCUGUGUAAAUACUUUUCAGAAGAACAAGGACCAGACUUUACUAUGUAAAUUUGAAUUAUGCUUAAGGUAUCAGUGUCUAUAGCCUCCUUUUUCUGCUCCAACAAUAUUAACUGACAGAUGUAUUCACAUCCACGUGUUUUCCAUUUUAGGUAAGACAAAAUUUAUUUGAUUCGCUUUAAUGGUUGUUUCAUGUUAGGAUUUUGUAAAUCAUAAAUAAAUACAGAUUUUACAAAAAUGCUGGAAUUGUCUGUACAAUUUGUAUAGAAGUAUUUAAGAUGCUGUAUUUUACAUAGAUGUGAAAAUUAGUCACUUUAAGCAGGAUUGCUUAAUUGCAAAAUGAGUGUUUAGCACAAGCUGGUUGUUUUGUAGGUCAGGGUGCAGUUGUCCUCGUUUGACCUAAGGUGAGAAAACAGUGAUCUAGCCGGUUUGUUCUGUGGUAGAAUGAGAUUGGUUUAAUUUCCCGUUUUAGUUAUGCUUUUGUUUGAAUAAUUAGCUUUGUUAUUUUACAGCAGUACAUUUAACUGUUUAUCAGCAUUGGAUCACGUGACUGAUUUGCACAUGCCAGGUGAUACUCUUAGAAAACUGGUAGGGGAAGUGAAUGGCUGGCAGUGCAGCUUUUUAACAGCUCAGAAAUCCAGGGGCCAAUUUGAUGGCAAGGCUAAGUGUCAGUAAUUGCACUGUAUGGACAUCUGCACUUCUGUUCGUAGGAUGGAGUGGACAGACAUUCAUUGCCUUAGGGGGGGGAGGGGAACUGAUGGGUGGAAUAACGCGAUGAAAUUAAACAAAUGUGUAUGUAUUCAGACUGGAGUGUAAAAUAUAUAAAUAUAUAUUUUUGCUAUUUUUUUCUUUUCAAACUGGAUGGUCGUUAUUGGGAAAACCAUUUGGGAAGCUCCGUGGCUGUGGAUUUUUCCAGUAUUUGUGUGGAUGAUGCCGAGUGUGACACACAGUGGAUAGCUUUCGGGUACCACAAUAAAGCACAACUUCAGUCUCUGGCCAAGAAGACAAGACCAGCGGUGUUAUGUAUACACCCUGGCCAUGUUCUUGUCUUGUCAAACACUUCCCCAUGGAAAAAAAAAAUAUAUAUAUGUAUAUGUAUAUGUAUAUGUGUAUAUAUAUAUAUAUAUAUGGCUACUUUUUAUUUCAGAGAUGAAUACAUGUUAAUAUUAAUGUGAAAGGAGUUGGGAGAGUGCCUGGGUUUUGAAAGAAUGCCAGGGUUCUUGUAGUAUUAACUCUCUGGCACUUUUUUUUUUUUUUUAAAGAAGAGAAAAUUGUGUGUUACUCAUUGCUGGAGAGCACUGAAACUGCUGUAGCUAAUUUCUACUGUAUUUCACCUGCAACUUAUUUUUAAAUAAAAUCUUUAACAUUGA